GUGCUGCUGUCAGCCACAGGACUUUGAGCUGUCAUUACCAUUGUUGUACUUUCACCAGGCAUUAUUAUUUUAUAAGAUUACUAACACAUUUCAUUGACUUUUGCCUUUAUGUACAUUCUACAUACAGCGCCGUUGUGCAUAAUCAUUAUAGUGAAUGUCUAAGGCGCUACCACAUUUUGUGAGCGUCUCUCUUUCCCCCUUCACUAACGCGCCAGCUCUUUAAAGCAUUUAUCGCCCUGUAUCCCUUGUAGAUUCCAGUGGUGAUAUAUUCUUGCGCUCUGCAGGUGAAUUCCGUGCUGUAUUGCGUUAGUUAUUGCUGUUACUGUAUAACCAUUUUUAUUACUGCAAUUACAUUUCCCCUGGUUCUAGCAGAUACACCCCGCAUAAAGUAGUUAUGAUUGCCCGGCUCCAUCUGGUCACCAUCCUCCGUCUCCCCUGCAGAAUGUCCUCAUCCGCCAGUGCAGCGGCACUUUCGCAAUCGCUUCUGCGUUCUGCAGCCUAUGUGGGGGGCUCUUGGCUGCGCCCCUCGACGUCUUUCCCAGUCUUAGACCCGGCCACCGGUGCAGAGCUGACUAAAGUUGCCGACUGCGGGCCCCAGGAGUGUGGGGAGGCACUGAGAGCAGCGUCCGUGGCCUUCCAGACAUGGAGAGAUGUAUCUGCCAAGGAACGAAGUGUGUUGUUGCGCAAGUGGUACGACCUGAUGAUGGAGAACAAAGAGGACCUUGCCAGGAUUAUUACAGCAGAGAAUGGCAAACCUAUGAAAGAAGCCCUGGGUGAGAUUGUUUAUGCAGCUGGUUUUCUGGAGUGGUUUUCUGAAGAGGCCCGUCGCAUAUAUGGGGAUGUGAUCUCUGUGCCAAUGAAAGACAGAAGAGCCUUAGUACUCAAGCAGCCUGUGGGAGUCGCAACAAUAAUCACCCCAUGGAAUUUCCCCAGUGCCAUGAUAACAAGGAAAGUCGGAGCUGCAUUGGCUGCUGGAUGCACAGUAAUUGUAAAGCCUGCUGAAGACACUCCGUUAUCUGCACUAGCACUUGCUGAGUUGGCUCACCAGGCUGGGAUUCCUGCAGGAGUGUUUAAUGUGGUUCCAUGUUCCCGACAGAAUGCUCCCACUGUAGGCGAACUCUUGUGUACACAUCCGUCCGUAGGAAAAAUUUCAUUUACAGGUUCUACUGCAACAGGAAAGAUCCUGCUACGCUAUGCUGCAGACUCUGUAAAGAGGGUGUCCAUGGAGCUUGGGGGACAUGCCCCAUUCAUAGUAUUUGACAGUGCAAAUGUGGAUCAAGCAGCAGCUGGGGCCCUUGCUUCAAAAUUCCGUAAUUCUGGCCAGACGUGUGUAUGUUCAAACAGAUUCCUGGUGCAGAAAGGAAUACAUGAUGCAUUUGUGAGGAAGUUAUCAGAGCUGAUGUCGAGGGAGCUGCGUGUGGGAAAUGGAUUUGCAGAAGGAGUUACUCAGGGACCACUCAUUAAUGGAAAGGCAGUACAGAAGGUGGAGCAACAUGUAAGUGAAGCUGUAUCUCAGGGAGCUCACAUUGAAACUGGAGGCAAACGAUCGAGUGUUGGGAAGAAUUUCUUUGAGCCAACUUUGCUCAGCAAUGUCACCACUAAAAUGCUGUGUGCACGUGAGGAAACAUUUGGCCCUCUAGCACCUGUCAUCAAGUUUGACACAGAAGAAGAAGCAAUGGCUAUUGCAAAUUCAGUUAGUGUGGGCCUAGCAGGAUAUUUUUACUCCCAAGACCCAUCGCAGAUUUGGAGAGUGGCUGAGCGCCUGGAGGUUGGGAUGGUCGGAGUUAAUGAAGGCUUGCUGUCAUCAGUUGAGUGCCCCUUUGGCGGAGUAAAGCAAUCUGGAAUUGGACGAGAAGGGUCAAAAUACGGAAUUGAUGAAUAUUUAGAAAUUAAAUAUGUUUGCAUUGGGGGCCUUUAACAUAUGGUAGAUAAAAAAGAUACAUUUCUCUGUCUGCAGUCAUCUCAUGAGAAGACUUUCAUGGUUGUCUCUUCACCAUAAAAGUAUAUGGUACAAACUUUAGAGGUACUCUGAGCUGAAAAAAAGGAUUAAUUUGAUAGUGUUAUAAACAGUCUAGCCAUUUUUUUUCCUAAACAAAUUUCUUAUUGGCAGAGUGUUUUAAUGUGUAAUUAUGUGUCAUGGAACAGUGUUCUUGAUUAGUGUUGGAUGCAGCUUUUUGAUAACACAAGAAGAUAUUUAUAUGUUGCCACUUCAGAAGCAAAUCAACUGUGCGACAAAUUAUACUUUUUCAUAGUCUGCUGUUUACUUAUAUUUGAAGAAAAACAAACUAAUAUUAAGCACAAUUAUCUAAUAGUUUAGAAUACCUAGCAUUCAUAUACUGUAUACACUAUUUAGUAGUCUAAUGUUUCUCAUAAUUACCACCAUUUAUAGUGGAAAUUGCAAUAAUACAGCUAUGCCGAUUAAACAUGCUGUGAAAAUGUUCAGAUGCUGAAGAAUGGUCUAUAGUCGCUAAAAAUAAAGUUUGUAGAUGAUAGAGAAGUCUAGGUUUCCCACAAGAUGUAAUAGGGCAUGUUCAUGUAUGUUGAUCACUAGUGAAUAAGUUCCAUAUGAACUAGAGAGUUUUUCUUUCUAAUGGUAGAGAUCUCUUCCUUCUCAGUAAGUAUAUGAUGAUUAUUCACUGAUCUAGCAUUGGAUUCAUCUAGAUGAAUAGGUGUUAUGUAGUGUAUAUUUUAUAGCGACAUAUUUGUCAAUUGCUGUAAUACUUUGACUGCACAAUAUCACAUGAACAUCUCUGAAAACAGUUAGAUAACUUACCUCAAAAUUCCCUAAUAACUAUAUCCUAUUACAAAGGGACUCAAAGCAUCCAGUCUGGAUAUUUAUAUAUAUAUAUAUAUAUUUUUUUUAUUUUUAUUUCAACAAGCUUUAUUAAAGAGCCAAUAAUUGUACAAUGCAAUGAAAAUAAGUAAUAUAAACAUUAACAUAUUGAACAAAGACUUAAACAACCAGUUAUACAAAGAGAGUCUCUAUGGAAAAAUUUAAACAAGCUGGGUGUCCGCACCCAGCAAAACAGGAAACUAGAAACAAUCACAGCCUGUGCACAAGUACAGCCUCCAAAGUGCCCAAAAUUCCACAGGGGUGAGAUCCCAUAUUGCACUUGCAAAUAAAUAAAUAAAUAAUAUAUAUAUAUAUAUAUAUAUAUAUAUAUAUAUCUGUAUAUAUAUAUUUUUUUAUUUCUGCAAUCUCAGUUUAAAAGGUAUAAAACCAAAUGUUUUCUUUCAUGAUUCAGAGAGAACACACAAUUUUAAAUUACUUUCCAGUUUAUUUGUAUGGUCAAACUUGCUAAAUUCUCUUUGGUAUUCUUUGUUGAACGAGCAUGUACUACUGGGAGAUACCUGAGCACAUCUGGUAAGCCAAUAACAAGAGGCAUAUAUGUGCAGCCACCAAUCAUCAGGUAACUCCAGUUGCUGCUCCUGAGCCUACAUAGUUAUGCUUUUCCACAAAGGAUACUAAGAAAACAAAGCAUAUUGUAUAAUAGAAAUAAAUUGGUAAAUUGUAUUUCUGUACCAUGAAAGUUUAAUUUUUACUCUACUGUCCCUUUAAGAUCUAUAUUUCUAAGCAUCUGAUUGUCAAAGUAUCUGUAUCAAAUAUACAGCUAACGUGUAUAGAGGGGGAAUUAUAAGAGCACAGCGUAAAGUUUUGAUACUUGUAGCUACAGCUGUUAGGGCUUUGGAAAGUUUAGAUGGUUUUUACGUUAUAGUCUGUCUAUUAAUGGGUUUUAUAUGUUUAGAAUAGAUGGUUGCACAUAUAGAAACCUGGAAAUUUAUCUAUGGAGCAUUCCAAAAUUCCAUAUGUCUAGAUGUUAGUACUGCAUGGCUUUCUUUUCAUAAAAAAGCCUGGAUAGUAGAUACUUUUAGACUUUAACUUCAGAGAUUCUUUAAUUAGACUAAUUGUAAAUAAAAUAAACUCACAGUAGGGAGAGAAAAAAACCCUUAUUUAAAGGGACAGUAUACACUCAUUUUCAUAUAACUGCAUGUAAUAGACACUACUAUAAAGAAUAAGAUGCACAGAUACUGAUAUAAAAAUCCAGUAUAAAACUGUUUGUUUAAAAACUUAGUUAGAAGCUCUCAGUUUAGCUGGAAAGCCCACUGCAAGUGGGAAAUAAGACACUCCCCCCUUCCCCCUUCUUUUGCAUAUGAAAAGACCCUUUACACAAACAGGAGCAAGCUGGAGAAGGUAGCUGACGGCAUUCAAAUAAAGAUUUGGGGCUUGGUUAGGAGUCUGAAAAUCAGAGCAAUGUUCUUUAAAAAUAAGCAAAAUUAUACAUUUUUUAAAAAAAAGCAAACUUUAUGGGAUUUAUAAAUAGAUCAUCUACAAAACAUUUAUGCAAAGAAAAAAUGAGUGUAUAAUGUCCCUUUAAUAGAAAACUCAGUGUAAUGGAAUCUGCAAAGAAAUUUAAAGGGAGACAUAAACAACUAUACUGGGCUACUCACAGGCAUAUUGUAUCCAGUGUUCACUCACAUAAUACAAGUUGUGAAUCAAACCAAAGGUGCAAGGAUAGCUCAUCUAUUGUCUGAGCAAAACAAGAAGAGAAAAUAUUUACCUAGAAGUCCUCUUCAUUGCAUUAAAUAUACAUUGUUAUUAAGAACAUUAAAAAAAACAAAAAAAAUCCUUCAUUAGUGAACAAGAACAGUAAGCUGUGGGGAAGAAAAUAACGGACACAAGAUGGAAAAUGUCUUGGUGGCAUGGCACUGAACUGCUAAAAAAAAAGACUGUAGAUAGAAUGGAAGCAAGAAAUCUGCAUAGUGUUACUGGUCUCAAACAUGGGAAAAUGAGGCAGUAACAAUGAGAAGCAAAAUCAGUUAUUAUUCUGGCUCUGAAUUUCCGAUUCUGACCAGAAUGUCACUUAUCCCCUCAUUACAGCAUCAUGCGCCACCUACAGGCAGCUUACCGAACACCUUUUACAGGACUCAGAAACUUCAAACAAAGAAACAAAUUGUGUGGUGUAUAUUUUUCUAAUAAUUUCCACAGUCUAAUUUCCAGUCAACUUCAAAUUGACACCCUCAAAAACUCUGACAUAACCAAACAUGGAUUUAAUCUGCCUGUGUCAGAGUACACCCAUAGCCCUCACAGAUUUCAUUAUCAUCUAGCAAUUUGAGGAAGUAGUGGAAAAUUAGGAUGCUAGUUGUUUGCCAUGAAUUACAUUGCAUUACAUGUAUAGUAUUCUCUGGCUAAUCUGUGAAUACAUCACUAUCUAACAUAUAUUUAGUGUUUCAUGUAGCUUUGAAAGCAUAACACUCACUAAGCACAUUUUUGUGGAAGCCAGUGAUCAUAUAAUGUAGAGUAUAUCUGCUCCAGAAGAUAGUUAUUUUGAAAGAAUAAAUACUCUUUAUAAUAAUCUGCAAAGCAAAUACUUUUCUACACAUUGUGGAACAAAUAUGUGCUAUUGUUCUGUCAAACUGAAUUUUCUAUUAAUUUAUAUAUAAUAUAUUAGUAAAAGAUUGAUCAUAAUUUUGAAGAUAAAAAGUAACUUCAUAUGAAUAUUGAAAUGUAUAUUAGAAAUGACAUUGUCUACUAAAAUAUAAAUUGUGAAGUUGUAUGAAAUAGUUUUGUAUGUAUAUGCGGGUCAGAUAUUCUGUCCAAAGCUGUUGUUUCUUAUAGUGCCAAAUAAAGUGACAAAUGUUGUCUCAA